CUAUUGGUACUCUUUUGCCCUUUGAGAGUUGUACUCCGUAAUGAUGUGAAGUUUGGAUGGAAUUUUCUGAUUGAGGUAUCUCAGAUUCUAUCGUUUUGGCCCUUAACCAAAUUCACUUGUAAGGUAGUGGGGGGACCUGUUUGGGGGUACGCUCUGUUUGGUACCUAUGGAAAAGAAAAAGAAAGUAUGAGGAAAGUUUAAGGGAAAAUUUACCGUUCAUAAGCCCUUAUUUGUUGAUUUAUUUUGUCUUUUUUCUCUCAAACCAAACGAAGGAAGGGGAUAUAUUUUUUUUCCUUACCUUUCCUUUCUUUUCCAUGGGUACCAAACAAACCCUAGUCACAUGAUCUGCAUGCGUGAGCACGAGCAUGAAAGCAACUUACGAAAACAUUCCAAUCUACUGAAAUUUUGUGAGACCGAGGAUUAGAGUCGGAGCAUUGAGCGAGAAUUGAGAGCAAGAGUGAAGGGUCCUACGAAGGAUAACCUUACUUUUGGUAAAACCCUAGGUAGGAGAAAGGCAGAAAGUAUAGAUUUGGAGAUAGAAGUCAACAAAGAGGUUAAUUUAUGGGAUUGCUGCAAAAGGAGGCCACUCAGGUUUUGAUUCAAAAGUGUGCUAUUUUUUAGUGGGUGAAGGGUAUGUGGCAGUUUUUGAGAGGGGAGUUUCUUGAGUUGCUAAAAUCAGCCAGGCAGUGGAUGUUUGCUUCACAGUUAGAAUUCUUGGAGCCCUCCCACGGGGUGUGAACGAUGAAGCCUGAUAACGAUCUUCUGUUUCGUCAGUCAACUCUUCUCCGUAAGCAUGAAGCUAAGCCGUCUGCAAACAAAAACAGCGCUUUGGACACAGCCAAGCUGGAGGGAAUCAUGAUGGAAAAUCAGAAUGGGGCCUUGUGUCAUCAUCACAACUGUGAUACUGAUACAGCUCGGUUGGCAUCUGGCAAAGAUGGAUUUUGUAACACUCCAGAGCUGGAAUGUAUUAUGUUUGUGGAAGAUUGCACCACUGGCGAUGGAAAUGCAGUCAGAGAUGCUGUUGCCCCAUGUGCCAUUCCUUCCAACAAGAAGGAAUUGUUUCAGGGGGACAUGGAAAUUCAUUCUGACACAAAUGGUAUUCAAAAUGAACUUGGAUUUAGGGAAUCUGUUGCCCCGUGUGCCAUUCCUUCCAGAAAAAUGGGUAAGUUUGACACAGAUCCAUAUACUGACAAGAAUGUCUUGGAAUGUGAACUGCCGGAGUUGCUAGUUUGUUACAAAGACAAUCCUUUUCAUGUUGUCAAGGACAUUUGCAUUGACGAGGGAGUCCCUUCCAAGGACAAGGUUUCGGUUGAAUGCCGAGAAGAGAAUUGUCUUUGCACCUUCCUGUCCUCAAAUGAAAAUAAAUAUGGUUGCUUGACAGGACGAGAAGAUAAUGAAUUGCUCAGUUCCUGUGGGUCAAAAUCUUCAUCAGAAAACGAUUCUGACGAGGUUGACACUAGUGAAUGCAGGACCAAGGAAAUUGAGUUGCUUAGUCCCAGUGGAUCGAAAGCUUCAUCGGAAGAUGACUGUCAAGAGGUUGAUACUCAUGUAUGUGGAUCCAAUGAGAGAGUUGGGACAGAAUUGCUAGCUUCAUCAGAAAAUGGAAUUGCCGAAGAUAUUGGAAAUGACAAUGGACCCACGGUUCCAGUGCAGAGUCAGACAGAUGAAGCAAAUUUUAAUACAACUCAUGAGAAAGUGGAUGAUGUCUCAAGAGCGAAAUUUGUGACAAGAAGGGUAAAUGCAACGAAAUCUCUCAAAGAACUCCUUCAGAUGCCACUUACUGAACAUCCGUGUGAAACCCUUUCCGUGAUUUUAACACCUGAAGAAUCAAGCAAGUGCAACCCUGCAAACAGCUUGGCAUACGAUAGCAAGGUGGAGAGUGGAACAAUCACAUUUGAUUUCAACUCUUUGAAACCUGCAGCUAGUGACAGAGACGAGAUCCCUAAUGUUUCUGAUCUUGAAUCCCACCUCAAGAACGAUAGUGAGAAUAAACACGACAAUGGGAUUUCUGAUAGUUUGUCAGUUUCAAGUGAAAAUCAACACAAUCAAGGCGAGACAAGUUUCUCCAUGGCAACUCAUCCUGUGUCAGGGCUUAUAACAUACUCGGGGCACAUAGUAUCUUCUGGUAGUAUCUCACAUCGGUCAGAUAGCAGCACAACCAGCAUUCGAUCUUUUGCCUUCCCCGUAUUGCAGAAUGAAUGGAACAGCAGCCCGAUAAGAAUGGCAAAAGCUGAUAGAAGACAUUGCAGGAGGCAGAGGGGCUGGCACAGCCUUUUUUGCUGUAGAUUCUAAACGAUUGUAUUUAUUUCGGGUUUGUGAGGUUAUUUAUAUACGCCAUCAAUAUUUUACAUUCUGAACCAUCUAGUAUCGUAAGUUUUUCAUCGCGAUCUUUUUCUUAGGCUUGGAGUGUCAAUGUGCACCUAAAUCUAAGCUUUUGAGGUAUGGUUUAAAGCAUGUAAAUUUAGUGGUUUUGAUUUGCUCUUGGCUUUUAGUAGGAAAUCAGAUAUGUUUUGAUCUUGUAGUGAUUUAUUUGACCAGUAUAGCAGAAUUGUGCCAUAUACUAAUAAAAUAGUUUCAUUGUCGAAGUUUUUGCAAUGGAAUUA